GAGUAGAUGGCGGCUUUACCGCUGGUGUAUAGAAUCCUUGAAGAAUUAAACCAGCCAACUUCCCAAUACGAUCAAGGUUUCGGCCUUGGACUGCUUGCAGCUUUACUUUCUCGGCCGUUGCGUUAUCAGCCUAUUUGUCUAAGUGCAGCUCCCAACAUAAUACAUAAGGAAGGGUUUGAGGUCAGUCUUGAUGUGCAACAAUUCAGACCUGAUGAGAUAUCUGUGAAAAAGAUUGAUGACUUCAUCGUUGUCGAGGGAAAACAUGACGAGCGAAAGGAUGGACAUGGUUACGUUUCUCGUCAGUUUACCCGGCGUUACAGGUUACCAGACGACAUAGAAGUUGACCAAAUGGUGUCAAAACUGUCGUCAGAUGGUGUGCUUACAAUAACAGCACCGAAGAAGACAUUGCCGCCUUCUGAAUCAAGGGAGCGUAUUGUUCCCAUCGUACACACAAAUCAGCCAGCUGUUGCACAGAGUGCUCCUUCUAGGGAAUCUGGAGAUAAUGAGAUACAAGAAACCAUUGUGCAGUAAUUUCGUAAUUUUAAUUCCUAACAUGAAAUUAGUGGGUAUUAAAGUUUCUGUAACUGCUUAGUAUUUGUUACCAUAUAAUU